GCCCAGCGCCGUGGAAGGAAGCGGAAAUGAACGUCGCGGACCCUUUAUGCUAGUAGCUAGAUUUUUCGGCUCGCAGGACGGGGUGUAAGCGACACCACCACCGCACAAGCGCACGGCUUCGUCGCCUCUCCAGAGGAAACACGGAGUGGAUAGUCACACGAGAGGUGUUUUCGUUUGUCACGGUGGCAGCAUCGGAACGGAGUACCUUCGAGCGGUGCCACACUGUGACCUGUAUGUGAGGUCGAAGCCCUAAAGGAACGGGUCAUAGACGGGAGGAGAGACUCGGGAGCAAAAGCGUCUGGCCACAGAAGCCUGGAUACGUGUUUUUAUUUUUUAUUCGGGCCCCCCCCCACCCCCCGCAACCAGCCACUACAACCGGCAGUUUCUCACAGCGAGCGACAGAGGACCAUGGAGGCCAUCGCCAAGUACGAUUUCAAAGCAACCGCCGACGACGAGCUUAGUUUCAAGCGUGGAGAAGUCCUAAAAGUAUUAAAUGAAGAGUGUGAUCAGAACUGGUACAAGGCGGAGCUAAGUGGAAAAGACGGCUUCAUCCCCAAGAAUUACAUCGAGAUGAAAGCCCAUCCGUGGUUCUUCGGGAAGAUUCCCCGGGCCAAAGCAGAGGAGAUGCUCAACAAACAGAGGCACGACGGGGCCUUCCUCAUCAGGGAGAGCGAGAGCGCACCGGGGGACUUCUCCCUCUCUGUGAAGUUUGGAAAUGACGUCCAACACUUCAAGGUCCUCCGCGAUGGGGCUGGAAAGUAUUUCCUAUGGGUGGUGAAGUUUAACUCGCUCAACGAGCUGGUGGACUACCACCGCACCACCUCGGUCUCCCGCAAUCAGCAGAUCUUUCUGCGAGACAUAGAGCAAGUCCCCCAGAUGGCCCAGCAUCCCACGUACGUGCAGGCGCUCUUCGACUUCGACCCGCAGGAGGAAGGAGAGUUGGGCUUCCGACGUGGCGACUUCAUCCAGGUGCUGGACAACUCUGACCCCAACUGGUGGAAAGGAGGCUGCCACGGCCAGACGGGCAUGUUCCCCCGCAACUAUGUCACGCCUCUCAAUCGGAACAUGUAAACAGUCAGACCAUGUCAAAACGAGAACAACAACAACCACAACACGGCAACCAUCAUCCCCACCACCAUCAUCAUCAUUAUUAUCAUCGUUCUUCAUCAACCCCCCCCCAAACCACCACCACCACCCCUCCACCCCCUCUUGGCCAUUCCACGAUAACAGGAGCAGACAGGAAGAACGCAAACAACUGAAAGAGAGAAAAGAGAUUAAACAGGAGUAGUGCUGUUGCAGGUGUCGCUGUCCGGGCGGCAGCUGAGCUAAAAAUCAACUUUAACUUGUGCUGAGAACGUUCACUGCCCUGGUGAAACGCCUCGGUGAGGAUUGAACUGUCCUUGAGGGAAAUCUAAAUGCAGAGCAACUAAAGUGUUAGUGCACCGACCAUGAAGAUAACCAAAUGAUUCUACCGCUCCCACGGCUGCUUCUGUCUCCUCCUAAACUUCUUAACAUUCUGCCUUUCUUUUUCUUUUCUUCUUUUGCCGCAUGUUGUUUUUAAAUCUCCUAAAUGAAAUGCCUACCGAUAAAUCCUAACUCUGUUUUAAAGAAGAAAAAAAAGAUAAAUGAAAAAAAUAUGAAAAAAGAAGAAAUGGUUUAAAAAAUGUACAAAAAAAAAGAAGAGAUGAAAAAAGAAACGAUGCCAUCUACAGUACAGCAUUUUCCAUGUUUAAGUUCAUUGGCACGUGAGCAUUGUACAUCAGCCGUCGGCUGUAUAAAUAAAUCAACUAUAGAGAGAAUCCAUUUUUUAAGAAUAUAUAUUAUAUAUUUGUAUGUUUGUCUGUUUUACCUCUCAUCAAAUUGUUUUUUUGUUUUUUUCCACAUGUAAAUUAUCUUCAAUCCUUUUGUUAGUCUGGAUAAGACCUAGUAGCUCUAGAAUGUGCUGAAUUGUCAGUCAAGUUUUUCUUCUUCUUUUUUUUUCUUCUUCUCAAUCUAUCUGAGGGCUCUCGGAUAACACAGCAUGAUAUUUAGGGCUCACGAGUUCCAUUUGGAAAUGUUUCUCUCGUCUUUAACGCAAGUAAAAGUCGAGGUUAAUGAGAAGAGACCGAUCCCCAUCAGGAAGCUACCGUUGACCGAGCAGAGUAGAGCCAUGAAUGCUGCAAAGAGCUGUCGUAUUACAAACCCCGUAUGAAGGUGAGCCACCUUUUACAAAAGCCAAUGUAUUUAUUGCAGCCAUUUUGACUCGGGCAGUGAAUGUAGCUGACUGAGUCCACGGACGUUGACACGAGGGAAGCAAAGGGUCAGAGAACUGAAACUACACAACCACCGCGCAAGGGAUUUUUUAAAUUUUUUUUAAAAGACGUGCCGAGAUGGUCAUGUUGUCGAUAUUCACUUAAAAAGAAAAGAGAGAGAGAGAGUGAUGUAUGAGGAUAUGUACAGGUAGCCAACAUGCAUAUUCCAAACACAUUCAUUACAUGCAUGCAUACGCAGACGCUCGCCUCCUCGCUGCACCCGCACGCCGCCAGGAGGCCGAGUUCUGGAUAAUCACAUCGUGUAACCACCAGUGCAGAACUGCAGCUGGCACAGCAGUCCAGAAAACUGAGAGAUUGUCUUUUAUGCUCAAAGUUGAGAGAUCAGCUUAAAUGAUGUAAAAGAUUUUUAUUUUUUUCCUUUUCCUUUUGUAUUUUUUUUUUUCUGUGUCCAAUGGCGUGUGUUGAAGCACUUUUUUUUUUUUUUUGGUCAAACAUUUUAUUCCUGGUCCAGUGUGUGUGUGUGUGUGUGUGUGUUUGUGUUAUGGUUUCUGUUUUCUUGUUCUCUCUGGAUAGUGCCUUUCUCUCUGGUGUUUCAGUGUCUCCGACCUGCUACUUUGAGCCCCCUCCCCUUUUCUCGGGGCUUGCCAGUCCUGCCGUGAGAAACCGUGUACAUAAUCCAGCAAUGACCCCUCCUCCCCCCUUCCCCUUCCCUCCUCCCACAUCGACCCGCUUUCACCUUUGUCCUCACCAACGUGGAACUCUCCUUAUUUAAGUGUCUCUUGCCUCGUCUUACCUAAUGAUACAGUUUUGGUUUUUUUGCUCUCUUUUUUUUUUAUUUGCAUUUGUUUUUUUGUUUUGUUUUUUGUUUUUUGUUUUCAAUUAAUAAAAUGCAAUUAUUAAAAAAGGA